AUGACCAAUUUCAGCAAGACACCCCUGUCUCUUGUAGAAGUUGUACCACAGUAUGCCGAUAUGUACCGUAACAUUUGGUCAGGUCAUAAUACUUCCAGUGGUGGACCACAGCAGAAUUUCAGUUCAUACAUUAUUUCCAUUUUCACAUCAUGCGUUUCCAUCAUUGGACUGGUGGGGAAUGGAAUUGUCAUCUGCCUUCUUGGUUUCUACAUUAAAAGGACCCCCUUCACUAUGUACAUCCUGAACUUGGCUGUCGCUGACUUUGGAGCUCUUCUGUUUGGAAGUAUCUAUGAUAUUUUAAUACUGACUGACACAAAAAAAUUAUUUUGGAUGAUAGUUUUUUCAGAGAUUGCCAUAUUCAUGUAUAUUGCAAGUCAACUUCUACUGACCGCCAUCAGUAUUGACAGGUGUGUGUCUGUUCUCUUCCCCUUCUGGCAUCGAUGGCACCGGCCGCGACAUUUGUCCAUCAUUGUGUGUGCCCUAAUAUGGGUUCUCUCCUUCCUGUCCUCAGGAAGUAUAGCACUUCUAGGCCUUUUGGAACAUAUUCAGGAAUAUUGGACACUUUUAUCUCCGUUUAUUGCAGCUGCUGUUCUUUGCCUGCCUCUUGUCAUGAUCUCCACCAUGAUUCUGUUGUUCAAAGUGUUCUGUAAAUCACAGCAGCCUUGGAGAAGAAGGCCACUAACUAUUGUAUUCUUAACUCUCCUUUUCUUCUUAGUCUUUGCUUUCCCCCUGAAUGCUAUUUUCACAAUCAAUUGUUUCACUGAUUUUAAAUACAGCUAUCUAAUAAUAUAUGGCACCUUGUGUGCCAGCUUCAACAGCUGUGUCAAUCCAGUGAUCUAUUUCCUGGUUGGGAGGAAGAAGAUGGGUCAACGAAGGAAGAGCCUGAAGUUUCUGCUCCAACGAGCUUUCCAGGAGGAGGAAGAUCACAGAGAGGGACAGGAACAGGGCACCGCAGCCCAGACAUCAAUAUGA